AUGGAGUGUAGGAUAAACUGUGGCUCGUGUGAGAUGGCGGCCGCCACAGUCGGGCUGAGGGUGAAGAAAGAGGAUAGUGUACGGAGUAACCUGUGGACUAACUUGUUCAUCCUGACGUUGGGCUGCGAGGCGCCAGCUGUCAUGACGGCGAGGGCUGAGGGCGGACACGGGAAGACUUCCAAACGUAGGAUGGCUGCUAUGGACCAAAGUACUUGGCUUUGA